UGUAAACAAAAGUGUAACAUAAAACAUUUUAUGGUGCUAAAACAGGUGAUAUUAUGGUCUAAUAAAAAGAGAAAAUCGUCUACGUAUUGCAACAAAAUUAAAGAAUUUUGCAAAUUCUUUAAAAGUUUGGUGGAACAUUGAUAAUGAGCGAUUCGGAUGAAGAUGCGCGGGAGGAGGUGCGACAGAUCAAACACGGUGAGCUCCGAGCCGCUGUUAGUGCCGGCGAUGAGCGAACUGUCCGAGUUUUGCUCUUGGCUCUGGGAAGCGAGCGCCAGGUCAUUGUCAAUAUGGCUCCAGCUGGCGCAAAUACGCUCCUGUUCAUUGCUUGUCAGUCUGGUUACGAGAGCAUCACAGAGCGAUUGCUGGAUGCUGGAGCGGAUGGCCGUUCCCACGCCGUCACCAAGUACUCCCCACUAUACGCAGCCGUCCACAGCGGUCACCUGGGUAUCGCUCGCCUGAUGCUGGACCGCUUCCCGGAACUCAUCCAGCAACCAACUGUGGAACGUUGGUUACCACUACAUGCAGCCUGUAUUAACGGACACAUCAAGCUGCUGGAGCUACUUAUCAAUUACAAGUAUCCCGACUACCUCUACCAGACAUAUCGCGACGAGGAAGGGCACUGGGAGUGGCAGUUGCCCUUCGAUGCUAAUGCGCACGAUGUUACGGGUCAGACGAGUCUAUACAUAGCCAGUAUUUUGGGUAACAAGCAUUUAGUAGGGGUUCUGCUGAAGUGGCAGCUUCUGUGCAGGCGGUCUCUGGGUGAUACCGGAAGCGCAGUAAGCACACCGAUAACCCCAACCAGAAAACGCAUUUCGUUCGGCAUUCAAGCCAUUAUGUCCAAGCUGCAUAUAUCCGGCGAAUCUGAUGGUCUAGAAGUCGAGCAGUCCGCUCAGGAAGCAACGGAAUGUCACAGGUGUCCCAUCAAUGUGAAUCUACUUUGUGGCGCCGCUAGAGAGACUGCUCUCCUGGCAGCUGUGCGCGGCGGGCACUUGGACGUAGCGCAGUCUUUACUCCAGCAUGGUGCUAAUCCGAAUAUUGUGGCCAAGCCAGUGGAGGAUCACAACGAUCCAAAGUGCUGCGAAGAAAUCUAUGGACUAAGCAACGUCCCCAUUGCCGAAGCAUGCAAACAGCGAUCCCUGGCGAUGUUGGAUCUCCUGCUGAAACACGGCGCCCGCGACGAUAAUGGUUCGGCCAUUGGAAUGGCAAUUAGUGGCGGCGAUGAAGCUAUUCUUAGCCGCCUGCUGGCCCGCCGUGUCCACCCCGAUUCGGACUACAAGAUCAACAAGAAGGGUCUGCCCACUCCGGUGGAAGUCAAUGUCUUUCUGCCCUCCACGAGUAACAUAUCGUACAGCGCCAUGUUCCCCAAUGUGCCGACCAUUAUCGACUGGCAUAGCUUAGGAUCCAGUGUCCAGUUGUCGGUAGUGCGGGUACCUUGGCUGGUCAGUGGGGUGCUGCUAUUGAACCCAAAGCUGCAAUCGCAUCCGCGAAUCACAGACGUUUCUUUAACCGCCAUCACCCGCAUUGACUUUUCGCACAAUGUGCUCACCACAAUUCCUCAAGAGCUGUUUCAUCUAGUCAGUCUUAAAUACUUAAAUAUUGCUCAGAACAGGAUCACUGAUUUGCCAGCGCCUGUUGGAAAGACCUAUAGCUGCCCAGUUUUGGACGAGCUUUUCCUGCAGGAUAACCAGUUAACCAGUCUACCCUCAGCCAUUUUCCAUUUGCCGGCCUUGACCAUUCUGGAUGUUUCGAAUAACAAACUGCAAAAGUUGCCCUUUGACUUGUGGCGAGCUCCAAAGUUGCGAGAGCUCAAUGUGGCAUUCAACCUCUUGCGGGAUCUACCGGUUCCGCCCAUGCAGACCAGUAGUUCCCUGCUGAGCCUGGACAAGCUGCAGCUGCAGGCUUUUGAGGAGCCGCGGUCGAACAAGCCACGCAACGUGACCCAACAGCGGCUAACGCAUCGAAACCUCUGGUCCGGCUCUCUGGAAAUAACCGAUAACGACUUAAAAUGGCAACAGGAGCAAGACCUGGGAGACGGCAAGACGUCAGGAGCCGGAUCCUCCCAGCUCAGUAGUCUCAAUAUUGCGAACAACCUCUUCACCAGCAUUCCCGCAGCUCUCCCAUGCUUGGCAGUUAACUUAACAAGGCUCAACAUGUCCUACAACAGCCUGCGCUCCAUGGGCCAUGUAACCAGUUAUCCAGCCACUCUGAAGCAACUGGACCUGAGCCACAACGAGAUCUCCUGCUGGCCGAGCUUGCCACGGAUCACAGAAUCUGAUCCGCAUCUCCUUUGCUACAGUUGCGCCCAGGUUUCUGAGGGUAGGGACGAAGAGUCAAGCUUCAAGAAGCCGGGCAGUUCGUCGUCCGCCACUUCAUUCAGGGCCUCGGUGCUGAAGAGUGUCUGCCGCCAUAGGCGCCACCUACGCCUGGAGGCACUGCGAACUCUCAUCCUGGCGGACAACCUGCUAACCCGCAUCCAACUCUCAACAGAUGAUGCCAGUACCCUCUUCAACGAAAGCGAGGAUUCUGAUUGGAGUGUCGUAGGUGUGAACCGUUCCAAGGUGAUUUUCCCCAACCUGUCUAUGCUGGACAUGACCAACAACUGCUUGAAGGAGAUUCCUGCCUCUCUGCACGAGCUUAGUAGUCUGUCGGUGUUGAACAUCAGCGGAAAUGUUAAUGUCACAGAGCUGCCCCCACACUUGGGUCUCCUUUCGCGGCUCUGGAACCUCAACACUCGAGGUUGUCUUCUGCAAGAGCCUCUGCGCUCGAUGAUCGAAAGCAAAAAACACAAAACUAUGGAUAUAGUAGGAUACCUAAAGUCGAUAUACGAGGAUGCCCAGCCUUAUGCUCGAAUGAAGUUGAUGGUAGUUGGCGUUGCGGGCAUCGGGAAGAGCACACUGCUUGAUCUGUUGCGCCAGGGAGUCGGCUCUGGCUCAAGCUCUAGUUCCCACAGAUCCCGUGCCAGUGAAAAUCAUUGGGCCAAGAGGAUGGGGCAUUCACGCAGCACCUCCCGGUCACAGCGGAAUUCCUCUACCUCGAACAUAUCCACAGUGGGCGUUGACAUCGGCACCUGGAUCUGCGAAAAGCGAAAGCGAGCUCCGGGAUCCCAUGGUCCGGUAGUGUUUCGUACUUGGGACUUUGGCGGCCAGAAGGAGUACUAUGCCACGCACCAGUACUUUCUCUCGAAAAGGAGCCUGUAUCUAGUCUUGUGGCGUAUCAGCGACGGUCACAAGGGUCUGGCGGAGCUACUUCAGUGGUUGGGCAACAUCCAAGCAAGGGCCCCCAAUUCACCAGUCAUCAUUGUGGGGACUCAUUUCGAUGCAGUUGGUGAAUCUAUCUCUGCCCAGAAGGCGGAGCAGCUGCAGCAAUUGAUCCGCGAGAAGUUUAUUGCCAUCCCAGAUGCAGAGAAGAUAGGAUUGCCGCGAGUUAUUGAUUCCAUCGAGAUAAGUUGCCGGACUUUGCACAACAUUCACUUGCUGGCCAACAUUAUCUAUGAUACGGCGAUGCAGCUGAGAUCCCCUGGAUCAAAGGAACCCAUGCUGCUUCAAAAGAUACCCGCCAGCUACAUCGCCUUGGAGGAUAUAGUAAAUGUUAUUGCCUGCAAUUUACGCGCUGCAGGUCGCGAUCCAGUCCUUGAUGGGGAACAGUAUCGACGCUUGGUCACCGAGCAGAUGCGUCUGCAUAAUUACAAAAGCUUCCGCGACGCAGCUGAGUUGCAACAAGCGACAACCUGGUGCCACGAAAAUGGCGUUCUGCUGCACUACGAUGAUGCCACGCUGAGGGAUUACUACUUUCUCGAUCCUCAGUGGUUAUGCGAUAUGCUGGCUCAUGUGGUUACUGUGAGAGAGAUCAAUCCGUUUGCUCCCACGGGUGUAAUGAAGUUGGACGACCUGCAGCUUCUCUUUAGAAAUGGACAGGUUCAGGGCAAUGGGAAUCGCAGCUACAUUGUGAGCUUGUUGAACAAGUUUGAGGUGGCUUUGACCUGGGAUUCCCGCACCUUACUAAUUCCUUCAUUGCUACCGCAGCAAGAAGCCGCCAUUCCCAAUACUGGCACCACAGUGAAGCUGUCCCAGCGUUCGCGUGGCCGUAGUUUGGGUUGCUCUGUCUCGCAGGAAGUUAACCUAAAUAACUUAAUCUAUGAACAAAAGUCAAGCCGGACAUCAUCCACUUCGAUGGGCAGUCAGGGCCUGCGACGGAUUCUAUUGAUGACAUAUUUUCCAUCUGGUUUCUGGUCCCGACUUAUCACAAGGAUUCUGGCCGAUGAGCAAAUCAUUGAAGCGAUUCGUGGGGUGUAUGCAGCUGCUCAAGAUAAAUACGUAGAGUUCGAUCUCCGAACUUCCUUGGAGCAGGAUACCCAGUGGAAUCUUUGGCAGACGGGAUUUGCCCUAUACUAUGGGCCCAUUUUAAUCUUUAGAAUCUGGGAAGUCCCUUUCCAAAACACCGAGCGAACGCAGCCUUUCCGCACCAACGGCAAUCGUUUCAAGCUCAAGUUAGAUGGCAUUUGGAGCGAUGUGAAUCUAAGUUCCUCAAGCAUUUUGGAGGUUUACUUUCCUCUGCAUCAGGUGAACAUCUCGCACGAGUUGGAUGGAGGGGAGCGCCAAUUGUUGGCCGAGGUGCAACCGCAAAUGUCCCAGGUAGCCAAGUUACUAGCUCUGGCAGUGGAUCACAUUGAUUUGCUGCUCGAGGAUUGGUAUCCAUCACUGGGAACUCGUUUUGUGCACACCUCGGAGGGCCGUUUUCUUAUCACCCGGAUGGUCUUGUGCCCUCGCUGCCUUUGGAAGCUACAAUUACAAAAUGUCAAUGAGCCUGUCGACCGCGAGAUACCACCUAUAGGCUGCAACAGGCCAAGUCGAAGCGUUAGGCGCGGCACUGGUGCUUACUUUCUUCACGGUGUUGGAGAUCCCGGUGAGGAUGGUGCUCUUAAUGUAUUUUCCGCCUACCUCAAUGCCACCGCCAGAAGGGAGCGACGCUCGGAAGACUCGUUGGGCGCAGGCUCGGAUGCGGAUUCUGGAGUGGGUCCAGACUCCGCUGAUUCUUCACGUAAUACGUCGGUGGAUGGGCAUCCAGGUUAUCCGUUGCCCGAUAAUUCAAAUGUCUGUUAUGCCUGGAUGAUCGAGGAAUGCAUACUCUCCGUUUACAACCAGAGUAAACUUAGUUGUCCGGUUCAUCUGGAACAGUCCAUGGCUCAGCUAGCUCCGGAUGUGAUUUUCGCAGAUAUACCCGAUAAGCACACCAUUCCCACGGAAUGCAUUAUCAAAGGAUCUCUUUUGGGACGUGGUGCUUUUGGCUUUGUUUUCAAGGCCAGUUGCAAGGUGAGGGGCGCCAGAUCCUUCAAGCCAGUUGCCAUGAAAAUGUUGCAGCCAGUUCCACCCGGAGCCCGGGCAAAGGAAAGUGCCUUAAUGGCUUACAAGGUGGCAUUAGGCAAGUGGGAUCGGGAUCCACUGCAGCAUUCCUGCAAGGCCUACUGCACGGCCCGCCAGGAGUUGGCCGUACUAUUAACGCUUAAACAUCCCAACAUUGUUCCCUUGGUCGGAAUCUGCAUAAAACCCUUGGCUUUGGUCCUCGAACUGGCACCGAUGGGCGGUCUUGAUGCCCUGCUGCGCCAGUACCGCCGCAGUGGAGCUCACAUGGGCCCCCAUACCUUUCAGACGCUCGUCCUUCAGGCAGCCCGGGCGAUCGAGUACCUGCACCGGCGCAGGAUCAUCUACCGCGAUCUGAAAUCUGAAAAUGUUCUAGUCUGGGAGCUGCCCCAACCUCAUACGGAGGAUAGCCCUCGCAACCACGUACACAUAAAGAUCGCUGACUAUGGUAUUAGCAGGCAAACAGCUCCCAGUGGGGCUAAGGGCUUCGGCGGUACCGAAGGGUUUAUGGCUCCCGAAAUUAUUCGAUACAACGGCGAAGAGGAGUACACGGAAAAGGUGGACUGCUUUUCCUUUGGCAUGUUUAUCUAUGAGAACAUCAGCCUGAGACAGCCUUUUGAAGGACACGAGUCUAUUAAGGAGUGCAUACUGGAGGGCAGUAGGCCAGCUUUGACUCAACGGGAGACUCAGUUCCCAACUUGCUGUCUGGAUUUGAUGGUCCUUUGUUGGCACGAACAGCCACGUCGUCGUCCCACAGCCAGUCAGAUAGUGUCCAUUCUCAGUGCCCCGGAGUGCAUUCAUCUUUUGGAUGUCGUAGCGUUACCCCAUAGCGAGAAGAUUGUGUGCGGUGUAUUUCAAUCUCUGGUGGGCAUAGGCGAAGAUGAACGUUCCGGGUUGGAGCUGUGGCUACCGUCCUUUGGAUCCCGCAUCGACAUCUUGGAUUGCACGCCAUCUGGCAGCCUUCAGCAAUGCCACAGCAUCAGUUGCUCAUCUCAGCCGCAGGUGGCUCCGCCCAAGACUCCAGAAAAUGGUGCUCACUCCCGUGCCAGAUCAGCCCAACGCGCGCCAAAGGUCAAUAUGCUGUGCUGCUGCCUGGUGGGGGAUGCUAUCUGGAUGGGCGAUGUGUCUGGCAACCUGCAUGCGUACAGCACCUCUACCUAUGCUCAUUUAUUUUCCUACAUGCUUGACCCGGCUAUAAAGUCGGCUGUGAUAAGUCUGGUUUACAUGGAGAAGAUAGCCCGCGUAGCAGUGGGAACGCACAACGGUCGGGUCUUUUUGGUGGACGCCACUCAAGUGCCCAGCAAUUGUGCCUUUGCUGAGGGCUCAUUUGUGCUCACGGAGAUCUGUUCCGGCUUCGUUCUGCACGCCGCUUGUUCAGUUUAUGUGGAUGGUAACUACGAGCUGUGGUGUGGGGAAAUCGCUGGCAAGAUCAAUAUUUUCCCCUUGAACGAGACCGGCGUAUCGGGUCACCAGGCUCUCUGCCACAGCGAGGAGCCCAACCUGAUCGAGGACGUCAAAGUAGCUCGCAUGUGCAGCAACAAUAGUUACGUCUUUAGCUGCCUUUAUCCCGGCUGCAUGGUUUACCAGUGGGGUGUCACAUCCAAACAGAUUGAAAACAAGCUGGACUGCUCUAAGCUUUUGCCCUGCUCCGAGUCUCUGCAAAGCAUCGCCAUCGACGAACACGUUAAUCUUAUUAAAUGCCAAAUCUCGGCUCUGGCAGCUCACCAUACCGAGCUCUAUAUUGGCACCACCUGGGGAUGCUUGAUCGUUGCCGAAUUGCAGACCUUGCGACCCAUCAGCGUAUUCCGGCCCUACGAAAAUGAGAUAAAAUCCAUUAUAACGCUCUCUAAUGACAAAGUACCGCUUAUUGCCACUAUUGGUAGGCGGUACCGCUCACUGAUCUCACGCUAUGUGGACUCCGCGGAGUCCUCUGCAUCCUACUCUGUUGUUAGCACGCCUACCCAUAGUGCCGCCAAAUCUAUGCCACCGGCGGAUGUGGACAACCACAUUCAUUGCUUGUUGUGGCGCGCCAAGCACUGGACAUAAAUGGGAUCUAACUUGGAGAAAUUGUUGACGUAUUUCUUAAUCCACUAACACAAAGACUACAAAAAAAUUGUUGGGCACUGGGUCGUAGGUUUUACAGAAUAUUAUUAUUCUUUUUAAUGUUUUUCGGAAAAUAAUUU